AUGACCACAGAAAAUGCAUUCCGCGCCGCGGAUGACAUGAAACUAAGCCCCGGGAACAAUGACGGCUUAGCAUCUCAAAAUGUCUCAGACAGAGAGAUCCCAAAGAGGAAGGCUUUCGAAGAUGUAGACAGCUAUUCAUCAAAACGCAUGAGACAUGACGACUACUUUCGUGAAGCCACGAACGAACGACCAAGGAGGGGCUCGUCACAGGAGCGCCGCAGUUCCUAUGGCGGCUCUAAAGGCGUGGAUGUUGAUCGCCGAAAAGUCGCGACUCAGGAAGAGAAGAAGCGCGGCAAACGCUUGUUCGGUGGACUUUUGAGUACUUUGAGCCAGACGAGUGGCGGUUCGACGCAGAAGAGACGCUUGGAGAUAGAGCGAAGACAGCAGGAACGAAUGCACAAACAGAGUUUCGAAGAUGACAAGCUACGGGCAGAAAAGAGAGCCAGAGUCAUGGAGGCUCGGAAAGGCGAACAGAAUGUGUUUGACGAGGAAGCUAUGCGAAACAAGCAUACUAAAAUGCUUGCGGUGGCUCGAUACCUACGGACGAAAUCUCAACCACAGAUCUAUUAUCUCCCUCGGAAACUCACAGAAGCGCAGGAGGAUGCGAUAGACGAGCAAAUACGGCACGCGAAAGCUACAGUAGAACAGGAAGUGGAGGCUUUCAACGAAAGAAAAGAACGACAGACAGAUCAAGACUGGCGAUCUUCAGUACGAGCAGAAACGAUGGCGCCCUCGGACGAAGAAAUGGUUCAUGGCUAUAAGACUACGAAUGGCACAGAACAUGCAGGAAGAACUCAGGAGACGGGUCAUGAAGCUGACCACCAUGAUGAGGCAGCAGAUGUGUUGGAAGAAGCUGAUGAGGACAUGGUGAUUUAUUGA